AUGGAGGUGGUGCAGCUGGCUAAUACAGAGCAGGAAAUCCAUGUGGAAGUGAAGGUAAUUGCUUCUAACUUUUCUUGGAUUCUGUCUGGUAUGUAUGCUAGUCCUAGGAGUGCAGAAAGGUAUAUUCUGUGGGAAAACUUAAUUAAGGUUGCAGGUUUACAUAAUAAGUCGUGGGUGAUAGCCGGGGAUUUCAAUGAACCCCUAUUGGGUGAGGAUAAAUUUGGAGGAAGACCUGUUAGUAUCUCGAGAUCCCUCCUAUUCAAAGACUGUCUGGAUAAAUGUAAUAUGGUUGACCUGGGAUUCUCCGGUCCUAGAUAUACGUGGACAACUAGGAGGGACCUGAACAAUCUCAUUCAAGAGAGAAUUGACCGAUUUUUCACGAACCUAAGUUGGUGCCUAUUGUACCCAGAGGCUAGAGUAACACAUUUAACUCGAUGCCACUCUGAUCAUUGUCCGGUUCUCAUAGAAGCAGUUCCUAAAAGAGUCACUCACCUUAAUAGACCUUUCAAGUUCCAGAGCUUCUGGUUAUCUAAUCCUUCGUUUCUUGGGGUUGUGAUGACGGCAGGGAGUCAUACUAGAAAUCUCUCGGCUUUAAUAGAAAAAUUUACAAGUGAAAUGACGCAGUGGAACAAGAAUCAGUUUGGUAACAUUUUUGAGAAGAAGAGGAGGCUAAUUGUCACGACCCAAACCUGUACUUCAGAGUUUAGAGCAUGA